AAAAGAUAAAAAGAAAAUACAAUCAAACACACAAAACUAUAUUGUCAAAAGAAUAUACUGUAUUGCAUAAUCCAAACAAAACUAAGAGGUGUUUAAUUAACCCUCCAUUGAUUGACCGAAGCACUAAAACAAAAGAAAGGGUGCUGCUACUUCAACUAAACCGUUUAAAAUAGCACAAUUUUAAUCUCUACCAAACCCUCUUUUGUUUCUGCAUCCUCCAAUAUGUUACUUAGAGCGAACGGAUGGUUGUUCCUGAUGGAAUCGCGUUUGCAAACCACAAAUUCAAUUAACAACAAUAGAAUCGAUUAUUCUGUUCAAAACAACAACAUAAUAAGAAUAAGAAGAAAAGAAGCAACAUUCGUAGUGUGUGGUCUCCGUUCGUGCAAAAAGAAGAAGCCACCGUCAAUGGUAAUUUCCAAAGAAAGCGUUCAAGUAAUUCACGCUCUCAAACUCGCUAAAAACGAUGAACAAAAACUGAAUCAAGUACUGAAAUUAAGACUCCUCAGACUCUUGAAAGCUGAUGUCUUAGAUGUCUUGGCCGAAUUGCAAAGACAAAAGCAACUUCAUUUGUCUCUCAAGGUUUUCGAGUUCAUUAUUAGUGAGGAAGUGGGGUAUGAUACAUUGCUACUGCCAUUGUACUCUGAUACAAUACUGUUGCUGGGAAGGAACAAGAUGGUUGAGAAGGCGGAAGAGGUGUUCAAUCAAGUGGUGGAUAAGGGGUUGAAACCGGAUACAAGGUUGUUUACUGAGAUGAUUGGGGUUUAUUUGCAAGUUGGUAAUACAGAGAAGGCAAUGGAUAUAUACAGAUCCAUGAAGGCUUCAGGGUGUUCACCAGAUGAAUUGACGUUUACAAUAUUGAUUAGGAAUCUAAUGAAGAAUGGAGAACAUGAGUUGGCUGAAACACUGAAAAAAGAGAGUCUUGACUAUGUCAAUGCACCUGAUAAAUUUGUUCAGAAAGUCCAACAGAAACAUGCAAAAAAGAGACAUGUCAAUCUGGUUAUGUAAUUUCCUGUGGUGGAUGAGAUUCUACUGCACUGGUUUUAUUGGAGAGAUGUUACUUUCCGUGAUUAAUUCUCACCAUUGUUGCUGGAGAAGUUUUACUGGGAGCAUUCCACACACUUGAGCUUCAAAUCAAUGUUAUUUUUGCGCUUGUUGGUAGCGAAUGCCAACUUGGUUGCAAUGAAAUCAUGUGUGAAUGUGAUAGGCAUUAGGCACUAAUGGUUUUGGCAUGGUUAGUAGGUAGCUAAGCAAUGUAUUGGUGAUGCUGUAAUGUUGAUUGAGAUAAUUUGUAUUGUUGAUUUUAACAAUUAUAACAAUGAUGAAGGGUUGUUGCAGCUCAAUUUAUUCUGUUUAUGAUA